CCUAAAAAAAAAAAAACAUUGACUAAAGAGUUCCAUCAGUAGCCGCCAUUUUUAGUGGUUUGUUUCAGACGCGUCAGUACUUGAGAAGCAGGUCUCUGUUGUUGGAUCGUGGACGCAGGUGUGGCUCCAUUAAUAUUGUUAUCAACAUUAAAUUCCAAGGUUAUUUCGUUGCAUAGUGCUCAAUAAACCGCCGCAUCAUGAGUUAUCAGAUGCAGGCACAAGGAAGACCAAUGUCACAUGGUCAAUAUGUAAGCAACAGCCCUGCUGAUCUCCCAAUGCCAAGUGUAAAGGAACAAACACUGAUGUGGCAAGGAGUUGGGCAACCUGGAUAUGUCGGGGAUUCUGGAAUUCAUAGUGGUGCAACCACUCAGGCUCCAUCCUUGUCUGGUAGAGGUGUUGAUGAUGAUAUGGAUACAUCAGAUGGAGGGGUCAUGUUGAAUAUGGGAGGAUCUAGUGGAUACUCAACUGGUUACACCCAAGACCAAGUUGAAGAUAUGAAUGCUCAGUUAAACCAGACCCGCUCCCAGCGUAUCCGUGCUGCAAUGUUUCCUGAAACGUUGGAUGAAGGCAUGGAGAUUCCAUCUACCCAGUUUGAUACAACACAACCAACUGCUGUUCAGCGUUUGGCAGAGCCCUCUCAAAUGUUGAAGCAUGCUGUUGUUAAUUUGAUUAACUAUCAGGAUGAUGCAGACCUUGCUACAAGAGCGAUUCCAGAACUAAUCAAACUAUUGAAUGAUGAAGAUCAAGUUGUUGUAUCACAUGCGGCAAUGAUGGUACACCAGCUGUCCAAGAAGGAAGCGUCCCGCCAUGCUAUCAUGAAUAGCCCACAGGCAACCAAAAUGAUCGCGGCCCUCGUUCGAGCGUUAUCGAAUAGCAACGACCUGGAAACAACCAAAGGCGCCGUUGGUACACUACACAACUUAUCACAUCAUCGCCAGGGAUUGUUGGCUAUUUUUAAGUCUGGUGGAAUUCCGGCACUGGUGAAACUUUUGAGCUCGCCUGUGGAAUCCGUUCUUUUUUAUGCUAUCACGACGCUUCACAACUUACUGUUGCAUCAAGAAGGCUCAAAGAUGGCCGUCCGUUUGGCGGGUGGUUUACAGAAGAUGGUUGCUCUUCUUCAGCGCAACAAUGUAAAAUUCUUGGCUAUCGUUACCGAUUGUCUCCAGAUUCUGGCAUACGGCAACCAAGAGUCCAAAUUGAUUAUCCUGGCUUCACAAGGGCCGAUGGAACUUGUCCGAAUUCUUCGGUCAUACACUUACGAAAAGUUGCUGUGGACUACAUCGCGAGUAUUGAAAGUACUGUCCGUUUGCUCGAGCAACAAACCAGCCAUUGUUGAAGCUGGAGGUAUGCAAGCUUUGGCAAUGCACUUAGGCCAUCAGAGUCAUCGCUUGGUCCAGAAUUGUUUAUGGACUUGCCGUAAUCUUUCCGAUGCUGCCACAAAACAGCAAGAAGGUUUGGAAACACUUCUGCAAGGACUUGUCCAGUUGCUAGCUUCCAGCGAUGUUAACGUCAUAACCUGUGCAGCCGGCAUUCUCUCUAACUUGACUUGUAAUAACCAGCGCAACAAGACAGUUGUUUGCCAAGUUGGUGGUAUCGAAGCGCUGGUUCGCACCAUUAUUCAUGCUGGUGAUCGUGAAGAAAUAACAGAACCUGCCAUAUGUGCUCUGCGCCACAUGACUUCACGUCACGCGGAAGCCGAAAUGGCUCAAAAUGCCGUUCGUCUCAGUGGUGGAUUGCCCGUUAUUGUUCGUUUGCUGCAACCUCCUUCCCGUUGGCCACUAAUUAAAGCUCUUAUCGGGUUGGUUCGUAAUUUGGCUCUUUGUCCUGCCAAUCACGCCCCCUUGCGAGAACAAGGAGUUAUUACGCGAUUGGUGCAGUUGUUGAUCCGUGCUUUCCAGGACAUUCAACGACGCUCGUCGGUUGUCAGUUCAGGAAGUGGUCAACCCCAAGGAUCCUAUGCCGAUGGAGUGCGCAUGGAAGAAAUUGUCGAAGGCGCUGUUGGUGCCCUUCACAUUCUAGCUCGAGAAUCCCACAACCGAGCCGUUAUCCGGGGCUUGAGCGUUAUACCUAUUUUCGUCCAGUUGUUGUACAACGAGAUUGAAAAUAUCCAACGUGUGGCCGCCGGCGUGCUUUGUGAACUUGCUUCUGAUAAGGAAGGAGCAGACAUGAUCGAACAAGAAGGCGCAACGGCACCUUUAACUGAAUUACUUCAUUCUCGCAAUGAGGGUGUGGCUACCUACGCAGCUGCUGUUCUUUUCCGCAUGUCUGAAGACAAGCCCCAAGAUUACAAAAAGAGGCUAUCUAUGGAGCUGACAAAUUCCCUGUUCCGCGAAGACCAUCAUCUGUGGAACGGAGAUCUGCCUUUGAUGCCUCCUGAUCUUCAGGACAUUCUUGCACCUGACCAGCCGUACGAAGGUCCCUAUGGGCAAGGCCCACCCAGUGUCCACUCCAAUCAAGAUGGAGGCAGGUCUUACCGUCAAGGAUAUGACGCCCUACCCGUAGAAUCGAUGCAGGGAUUGGAACUCGGUUCACACCACGGCGGCCCACCACCUUCUGCCACAUCGCCGACCAUGGGCAUGGGGAUGAAUAUGGGGCAUUCAAUGGGUCUACCCAUUCAAUCUAACAACUACGCCCCGGUAGAUCACAUGGGUUCUGAUUUGGAUUUCGAUCCGCUGAAUCACAUGGGUCAGGCCACUCCUCCCCAACCACCCCAUGAUGCCCAGGCCGCUUGGUAUGAUACCGACCUUUGAAGUGGUUGCAAAGCGAAAGUUGAAAAGGUUUAAUCACUACAAAACUCCUUGCAUAUCCACCACAUCCACCACGAUGCUCCUCUUUCCCUUUCUUGCACUGGUAGUUUUAGCAGGUCGUCCUUGAUCCAUUUCCAAUGAAUAACCUGCAUGUUCCAUAACGUAACAUGUGUACUUGUCCUCAUUCCUUCUCCUGCCGACUGAUCUUCAAGCUCUUUACCGUGUGGUGUUCUUCCUUCGUCUCCUCGAUAAUCGCAUUUCCCCCUUCCACAUGUUUUCACCCAACAUUAUCGUAACAGUUCGUGUGUAUGUGACAAGGAAUCCGUCUUCCUCCCCCUUUAUCCAGAACUUGGACGAUUUUAGCUGACAAUCCUUUCUUUUCGUAUUAUUUUGUCUUAAUUUUUUUAUUUCUCGUUUCGAUCAACAAUUUUUCAAACCCAAAAUUAGAUGGAUACUUAAAUGUCCUCCCACAAUUAGCGAGCAGCUUUCAACCUCCUUUAUUAUUGAUUCGAUUUGUUCGUUUUUUCGACAUUAAACUCUUUAAAAAAAAAAAAA